GAGACAACAUUUGAGAUGAGACAUGUGCUUAUAUUAUAAUAUCGAUAAGAUAUUGUCCGAUCCGAUCUCUUACUUUUGUGAGUUAAUUAAUUGAAUUAAAAAAAACACGACCCCAUUGUUGUUAAUUACGAAUUAUAAUGGCAGACACAUCUAACAAAGAACAAUCUGUUACCAAAGUUCCAAUGAUAUACGUUUGUGGAGAAUGCCAUAGAGAGAAUGAAAUUAAACCAAGAGACCCUAUCAGAUGUCGAGAAUGCGGAUAUCGAAUUAUGUACAAGAAGAGGACUAAAAGAUUGGUCGUAUUCGAUGCACGGUGAAGCUGAAGAUUUAAGAGUUCUGCGAUUUUAUUUACCUACUCACUAGUAAUAAAUAAAUAAUAUUCUG